AGCAGAUGGGGUUGGCCCCUCUAGCCCUCUGUGCUCUGCCAGUGUGGGAUAAAUACCCCCCCACUGCCCCUAAGUGUGGCCACUGCCCCGGCCAGGCGCGUACCCCUGGAGGGCUGCCCCAUGGCCUGUGUGCCGAGCCCCCAGGGCCCUGGCUGUCGGGUGUGAGCCGCGGUUUUCCGUGCCUGAAAGGGGCUCUCGGAACUGCCUGGAAACGGGCGUCUCAGGUCGGGUGUGAUUGGGGAAGGAGCCUGGGGCCUAGCGGUUCAGAGCCGGACUCCCGGGUUCUGUUCCCACACCCUUCGGGGGCCUCGGCCGCCCCUCGGAGCCUCGCAGACGUCCCGGCAUCCACCCUUGCGCCGUCGCUCUGAGGCAGGCUGAUGCUGGUGCCAGGGUGUUGUUUGCAGCUUGCUAAUUAGCAGAUGGGGAAACUGAGUCAUAGGGCGGCAGUGACUUGCCCAAAGUCAUGCAGGACGACAGGGCAGACCCAGAUCUCCUGGGUUCCAGCCCGGGGCUUCCACAAGGCCGGCCUCCCUGGGCCACGAGUUCAGCCUACGGCUGCUUGUGGAAGGUUGGCCCUGCUCUGUGCCUCAGUGUCCCCCCCCACCCCCCCAGCACCUGGCCGAUGCUCCCUGUGGGGCGGGGGGCUUUACGGGGUUUUGGAAGGGGAACAGGAAAUGGGCCGAGAUGCUGAGUGUUGAUCGCACCUCCCCGCCCCGGCCCCCGGCAGUCAUGUGCAGAGCUGACAAACCUGUCGGGAUGGAAACCGUGACCUGCCCCAGCCUCCGCUUUCCCAUGACAAAUCUCUGACUCCCUGCCCUGCCCCCCGACGCCACCCAGACGCGGGGCGGGACGGGGCAGGUAGACGCUGCUGCGGCUGGGGUUGUAGAGUUACCGGAUGGGGCAGCUCGGGAUGGGGAUUUGAGAUCCAGCGAAAACCAGCUUCCCGAGAGGGGGAUCCUCUAAAAACUGCUUUCCUGGAACAAGCCGUGGAAGAAACUCAAGAGCAUGGUCCACUGGUCGCCUUUCGUCGUGUCCUUCAAGAAGCGCUACCCCUGGGUGCAGCUGGCCGGCCAUGCGGGGAAUUUCAAAGCCGGCGACUACGGGCGGAUCCUGAAGAAGUUCUGCCCGUGUGAGCAGCAAAGCCUGGAGCGCCUCAUGCGGGACUCGCUGCGCCCCCACGUGCCCGCCUACUUCGGGCUGGUGCAGCGGGACGGCGAGUGCUACAACCAGAUGGAGGAUCUGCUGGCCGGCUUCGAGACGCCCUCCCUCAUGGACUGCAAGAUGGGGGUCAGGACGUACCUGGAGGAGGAGUUGGAGCAGGCCCGGCAGCGGCCCCGGCUGCGCCGCGACAUGUACGAGAAGAUGGUGGCGGUGGAGCCGGGGGCGCCCACGCCCGAGGAGCACGCCCAGCGCGCCGUGCUCAAGCCCCGUUACAUGCAGUGGAGGGAGUCGCUCAGCUCCACCGCCACGCUGGGCUUCCGCAUCGAGGGCAUCAAGAAAGCCGACGGCACCUGCAGCACCAACUUCAAGAAGACGCGGCUGCCCGAGCAGGUGGUGCAGGCGCUGGGCGACUUUGUGGACGGCGACAGAACCAUCCUGGCCACCUACCUGGGCCGCUUGGAGGAGCUGCGGGCGGCGCUGGAGCAGUCCGAGGUCUUCAGGACCCACGAGGUGGUGGGGAGCUCUCUGCUUUUCGUCCAUGACCGGACGGGGCUGGCCAAGGUCUGGAUGAUCGACUUCGGAAAGAUGGUGCCGCUGGCCGGGGGGCAGACGCUGACGCACCGGCUGCCGUGGGUGGAGGGGAACCGGGAGGACGGCUACCUCUGGGGGCUGGACAAUCUCAUCGCCAUCUUCAGCACCAUGGUGCAGAACUGAGCCGGGCGCCGGCAGGGCCUGGGCCGGCGCACUGGGGACACCCAGCACCGGCUCUGUGCAAUAGACGGGCACUGCCGUGCGGUGCCCUCCCUGCCUCUUAUUUAUACAGCCAGAUAUGCUACAGCCCCGCUCGGAGCUGGGGCCCGUCGCGCCCCGUCUGCCUGGGCCCGCUUCCAUGGGCUGACGGCCCCGCGCCGGGGAGGGCACCCGCAGGGCCUGGCCCGUCGCACAGACGCGAUGGGACCUGUUUUACAGCAGCCAGCGGGAAGGGCCGAGCCCUGGUCCCGUCUCGGAGCGGAGCCCUUUCCCGCUCAGCGGCUCGUUCCGCGGCCCAGGGAACCCUGGGAAGGCCGAGGCUGAGACGGGAGACACCAGCGUUUCGGCGGGCACGGGGGCAGCGAUCCUGCACUCUGGGCGACGCCGGCCGAAGCGGAACCGAACCAAAGGGGGCUCGGAUCGUCUGGGCCCCUCCUGUUCACGGCCCAUUUUCCUGCAGCCCUGCUUAAUUUCGCAGCUGGGUCCGGUUCCCGCCCCUGCUGGUAUCAGACCCUGCCCCACCACUGGGCGGCUCCACGGGACCUGAUCUGCAGGGAGCUGCCCAUUAAUGUUGUGUUAAAUUCAAGACACUUUAAAAGACUUUUUGGCAACUCGGGGGUUGAAGCAUAGUGACUGGGCUCUGAGACGACCCCCCAGCUGCGGCUGCGGGGUUCUCACCCCUUCCCCUGAAGCAUUUGUGGCCCUGCUGGAGGGUCGGAACUGGCUGGCCAUUUCCACCCCCGGCGCUUUGCUCUUACCGGCCCGUCCGUUUGGCUGUGCAAAGGAGCCUCGCGCUGGCCCCUCUGGCCUGGGAACAGGCCGGCUGGGAACUGAGAACGCGGACUUACUGCCAAGCUUGUGCCACGCCCACCGGGAGCUCAGGGGGCCUGUGGCUGAGUCUGGCCUAGCCCGGGGCGGUUUUCCUGGAGGCUGGAGAGUUGUGUGGCUCUGUGCUGGGGUGAGCCUGGCUGGAAAGCUCAGUCCGGCUUUACAGGGGUCUCGGCCGUUUGAGAACCAGCUGGGACGCUGCCUCCUCUGCCAGCUUUGUGUGGUUCUCCUAGACCAGCCUUGGGCUUGCCACGGGCUCUUGCCCUUCGUGCAGGGCGCUGGCACGGCCAGCCGCGGGCCAGCUCUCCGCCAGGCUCCCGGCUCGGCUCGCACAUCUGCAGAGGCGGAUGCACAAGGGCCCGAGUGAGGCACCUGGUUUCCUCUGGCUCUGCCGCUCCCUCGGUGCCUCGUUUCCUGUGUGCUCGCCGCACAUCUGCGUGAGCAUCUCACGGGCAGAGCCAACCCCUGAAACACGGAGGGGGCCAGGGAGUCGCAACCUGCACCAGCUUCAAGCCUGGCCAGUCUGGGGAGCGUUUUCCAAGGCCCCAGCGACGAGUGGAUUCGGGAGCCCGGGCUUCACGAGGCCCGACCCUACUGGAAGAGACGAUCCGUCUCUGGCUUCUGUGCCAAGGGCACGGCCAGUAGCUGCCUGAGCCGUGGCCGCUCUGCAGGGAGCUGCUCAGACCUCCAGCCCCUGCCGGUGGUGGGGAAGCGUCACUGGGUUCAGCUCUGGCUGUGAGCACGGAUUCACUGAACCCUGGAGCUUAUGGGGGCAGGCGGCGCGGUUCAUGGGACCGUCCUGCUCCCCGCUGGCUCGGGCUCAGGAACGCAGCGUGUAGCCAGCCGGGCAUUCGCUCCAGUCCCUUGAGUGCUGCCCAGUAACCAGGGCCCCUCAGGAUCCCUCCCAGAGCGUUGUCCCUGGCCCAGGCCUCUGCGUGGGGCUCUGCCACCCCUCUGGAGACGGGAACGGGGUGCUGGGGCCAAGGGACAAUGGCCAGGCCUCUGGGACCGGAACCUGUCACAAUAAACAGAACCUGCCGGUGGUGGAAACCAAA